AUGCACGGAUCCUGCAACUGUGGCGCUGUCACCGUCGAAGCCGACAUCGUUCAUGACGGCAAACUCAACGGAAUCACAUGCCACUGUCGAAACUGCAAAAAGUCUAGCGGUGCAGGGGGCUGUUUCAUCAUGCCUGUCCCGCUGGAAAAGGUCACCUUCGCAGGCCCCAUCAUGCACUACGCCGACAAGGACACCGACAGUGGGCGUACCGUCGACCGUCAUUUUUGCGCGGUCUGCGGCAGCCCGAUAUAUGGAUUGGCUAAGGAGGCUAUCCCCGGCGUGGCUCUGGUGCGCAUCACGCUGUUCGACGAGUUCGCGACAUCGCCGCCGAAACCGGCCGUCGAGCUCUACACCCGGGACCGCUGGGUCUGGGACGAACCCAUCCCGGGCGCCCAGCAGGUCCCGGUCUCGAUGGAGAUGUAA